AUGCGAUCACAGCAUGAAUCACAGACUUUCCGACUGCCACACCAUUCAUCCUCCAGUUCCAGUAGUUCUCCCCCACCUGCUAGUUGCAAGCGCAAUUCAUCAUCGGCGUCUCAGUCUGGCCCUGAACAUCCCUUAUUUGACUCAACAUAUCAUUCGCACAGCCAGAGCAGAUCAGAGGGAGCUUCUGACAGUCGCACUCAGGCUAGUGGUGGUCAUGAUUUUGAUAUGGUGUUCAAUCCACCUGACUUGGAGGAUGUCAUUGAGGAUGGUCAUGGCAGCCAUCAUGAUUUUGAGUAUGAUGCACCACACGAUACCUUUGAGGAUCGGCAUUCUGCUGAGCCGCCGGCAGACUCUACAGGUGGCUUGGAUGUAGAUCAGCCUCCUGGUAGUAGUGCUAGUUCUGACAGCCAAGCUUGGAGUCGACCUCAGGUAACUAGGUCAUAUCAUCCCAUCAUUAACGGGAAUCCCAUACCCCCAGAUGCUCCACCACCUCCACGCCCAUCAGAUCGUGGAUCUGACGACUGGACGCCAUACAACGAUCGUGUCGAGUUUGAAGUUGCUGAUUUCCUGUACCGUCGCAACCAAAUGUCUGCAGGCGAUAUUGAUUUUGUAUUCAAUCUGUGGGCAGCUUCAUUAGCAGCUCACAGUGAUACCCCGCCAUUCACAAACCACACCGACAUGUACGACACCAUCGAUUCAACUCCUCUCGGUGAUGUUCCCUGGCAAAGCUUCAGCUCGCAGUACAACGGAAUUUUACCUGACGACCCGGAUGACAUUCCAUCAUGGAUGAAGUCUGAGUAUGACGACGAAUUCGACUAUGCACCGCUACAGGAGUAUAGCAUUAGUGAUGGAGCGCAUCAAUUUCAGGACUUUAUGUCCGGCGACUGGUGUUGGAAACAGGCCGACUUAAUUGCGCAAGAUCCGGAUACAAUAGGAUCGAUGUUCGUCCCUAUUAUCCUUGGAAGUGACAAGACAACAGUCUCUGUCGCCACUGGCCAUAACCAAUAUUGGCCGGUCUAUAUGUCCAUUGGCAACAUCCGCAACAAUGUGCGGCGUGCACACCGCAAUGGUGUCGUACUACUUGGCUUCUUAGCCAUUCCAAAAGCUGAUAAUGAAGACACCAAGGACGCACACUUCCACAAGUUCCACUGCCAGCUUCUACACUCGUCACUUGCAAAAAUGCUUGAAACCCUCAAACCUGGCAUGACCAAACCAGAGGUUGUCCGUUGCCCUGAUGGCCACUUUCGACGAGCUGUGUAUGGUCUUGGACCAUACAUAGCUGACUAUCCCGAGCAAGCACUGCUUGCAUGUAUUGUACAAAAUUGGUGUCCAAAAUGCACCGCACCAGCAGACGGUCUCGAUGAAGGCACAUAUGGCCGACGUUCCCGCAAUCACACCGAAGUUUUGGUUGAGGAAUUCGAACUAGGUGUUCUGUGGGAUGAAUACGGCCUUGUUGGAGACAUUGUGCCAUUCACUAAUUACUUUCCACGUGCCGACAUACACGAGCUUCUCUCCCCAGAUAUCUUACACCAGCUCAUCAAGGGAGCGUUCAAGGACCACCUAGUUAGUUGGGUGCACGACUACAUCGAAGCUCAAUAUACAGAAGCCAAUGCGAACAAGAUACUGGACGACAUUGACCGUCGCAUCGCUCUAGCUCCAGCGUUUGCAGGCCUUCGACGAUUUCCAGAGGGUAGAGGAUUCAAACAGUGGACUGGUGACGACUCAAAAGCUCUCAUGAAGGUCUAUAUACCUGCUAUCGAAGGUCAUGUACCCAAAGAGAUGGUACAGGCUUUGCGAGCGUUACUCGACUUCAUCUACAUCGCUCGCCGCAACAUCAUCAGCUCUAACAGCCUCGACGCAAUGGACGAUGCCUUGAAGCAUUUCCACAGAGGAUUUAAUCUCCCUCGACAACAUUCACUCAUCCAUUACCAUAAGCUCAUUCGAGCGUUCGGCGCACCAAAUGGGCUUUGUUCGUCUAUAACAGAGUCCAAACACAUUAAAGCUGUCAAGGAGCCAUGGCGCCGGUCGAGUCGUUUCGAGGCUCUCAGUCAAAUGUUACUUACCAAUCAGCGUCUUGACAAGCUAGCCGCUUCACGCGUUGAUUUUGUUGACCGCGGGAUGCUACGAGGGACGUGUUUGGAUACUAAACGCUCCAUUGGAAGCACACAUCGAACGAGAUGUAGUGCAGACGAGGGUGAGGGUAACACCAAUGCUGAGCCUGAUGCUGAUGCUGUUGAUGGGCCAACGGUCCUUGCCCAUGUUGACCUGGCGAAGACAGCUGCCAGACGGAUCUACCCAGAGCUCAUUGCAGAUCAGAUAGGUCAACCCAACUUCACAACUUUGAUUCAGCAUUUUCUGCAUGACCAAUGCUGUGCUGACUCUGACUCAUCUAGCUCUGACUCCUCCCGGUCUGCACUUCCUGAGAUCUACGAAAAGAUCACACUGUACACUUCAGCCGUGGCCACCUUCUUUGCUCCUAGUGAUUUAUCGGGGAUUGGCGGUAUGCGCUACGAGCGUAUUCGCACUGUAGAUACGUGGAGAAAUGGCCCUGGGCACUAUGAUUGUGUCUUUGUUAGCACUGAUUCGUCUGCCGAUGGCAUGCGCGGCCUCAACAUUGCUCGAGUGAGACUAUUUUUUUCUUUGAAGCAUGAUGGUAUCACGUACCCUUGUGCACUUGUACAGUGGUUCAAACGUGUGGCUGACUCCCCAGAUGAAAUUACGGGAAUGUGGGUUGUAGAGCCGGAGCUUCUUGAAGAUGGAGCACGCUGUGUGUCUGUCAUCCACCUUGAUAGUAUAUUUCGUGCGGCCCACCUUAUACCAGUAUUUGGGGGCGACUUUGUGCCAACCAAUCUCACUUACUUGCAGACACUCGACACUUUUUGCACUUAUUAUGUCAACAAUUUCAUUGAUCAUCAUGCAUAUGAGAUCGCAUUUUGA